AUGCGUAAAGUAAGAGGAAAAACUUUUGCCGAAAGGAUGUUGCAUCGUAUAUUCUGUUUGCUGGCUUUGCUGCUGAGUGUUGUUGUCUGUGUUUCUGUGUCAGCUCAGGGGGUUUCUCAUUCUCAAGCACCUUCUCAUGGUUCAGUUAACGCUGCUGCUUUUUCGCAUCUCGGUGGUCCUACUGAUGUACAGCUAGGCUCUCACGGUUCUGGUGUUCCUCCGCACCCUAGUGCUCCUCAUGCUGCUAUUCCUGGUGCUCCUGGUGUUGGUCCUGUUCCUCCUGCACGUGUUGGCUCUCAUCCUGGUGGAGCCGAAGCCGUUGCUGGUGUGCCAGGUAUUGAUAAACCUCAAGUUGAUGUUCUUGUUUCUCCAGAAAAUCCUGGCUCUUACCCUGGUCCUGGUUUUACGUAUGAUAAUUGCACUUCCAUUAUUACUGGUGAUAAUGGCAAGAGGAAUAACAGUCAUUGUGUUCCGGAAUCUUCCACAACCUCUCGUGUUGCCGCUACUGUUAACCAGGCUCCGGGUGCUGGUAAGGUUCCCGUAACAAGUGAGUCCUUUACUAAUGCUGCUAUUCCUGGGCAUCCUGAUUUUUCUGGUUUUAAGGAAAGAGCUCUACAAAGACAACCUGAUGCUGGUGCUGGCGGUCAAAUGGGGCCAGGGGUUGGACUUGCCCCUGGCGUUGCUGUUAAUCUUCCACAAGGUGAAAGGGCUCAACCUCCUGUUCGUGGUGAAGCCCUGGUACGUGAUACCGAUUCUCUUGAUGCAUCUCCACAGACUCCUUCUAAUACUGUUGGUGUACGUAAUCAUGGCGCAGUUGGUGCUAAUGCUGUUGCUGCUAUUCCUGGAUUUCCUGGUGGUUAUUCUGAUGCUGGUAUUGCUGCCACCACUCUUAUUUCUCCUACAACGCCACUUGGUUCUCACCCCGGUGCUGGUCCUGUCGUUUCUCAGGAUAAUGGACAAGUAUCAGGUUCUGCAAACACACAAAGUGGAGAGAGAGAUAAUCACGCAGAGAAUACUAUGGAAUCAUCAACUUCUGAAGUAAAGGUUGCAACGGCUAAUCCAGGAAAGGGAAAAGAAAACGAAGUAGAAAGUGAUGUGCAGCCUCCUUCACAAACUUCCACUGCACCUCCAAAAGGUAAAUCAACAAGGGAGAAUUCUACUACAGCCAGUACUAAGGCAUCACCUUCAACCCCCACCACCACCACCACAACAACAACAACACUUCCUCCUGAGCCUGCAAACAACAAGAAGGGCGAUGCAGACAGCAGCAGCAGUAUCAGCAGUUCUGUGUGGGUGCGUGUACCACUACUGAUUGUGGUUACACUGGCCUGUAUUCAUGUGUGCUGA